AAUUCCAUACCUCGGAGCGCGGUAAUUCGAGAUAUACGGAACGCGUGUGGAUCAAUAUGGGGAAGAUCUGUGACGUAUCGGAGCAUUGACCCGGAAGUUUGGCGAUAAUCUCCCAGGAUGAGCGGGGCACUGAGAUUCGUUCGUCUCAAGAGACUCCAGCGGUCUUUUGUAGGUUCACUGCUGAUGAAUCCCUCGAGAAUGACGAUGAGCACUGUGAAAAUUCCGAGGAAACUUUACGAGAGUGCUCUCCAGGCGUGGAGCACACUAGUCGAGGGCACGAAUAACCAGUGGCGCAGGGUACUUGCGAGGGAUCAGGUUAGCAGACUCCAGCCUCGUCUCGGAGUACAACAGGACUCAGAGACUGAGAAGUCGAGCCGUCCCCUCGAGGGAAUAACAUCGGAAGCGGGCCAAGCCGAUACUCGUGGUCACGAUGUUUUGCGAGACAACGUUUUGGAGAGAGCCUUCAGAGAGGAGCAGCAACAAGCUGCUGCCAGCAAAGCCGCUCAGUCCUCGGCCAAGGGUCCUCGUCCGACCGUCAAGGAAAUAACGAAAGAACUAAGACAAGCUGAGCAAAAUCGCCUGAGAUCCGUGGAUGACAUCGACGCGCGAUCCAGGCAUUUGAUUAGAGAAAUACAAGGAGCCGAUCUCCCUUGCGCUUUGGCUAAAAGACUAGAAGAGUUUUCGGAGCACAUCCUGUUAUACCCGAACAGUCGAGCCACCCUGAUCAACGAUAAAGCUCUUUCGGUACUUCUCAAAAUCAGAAGGAAAUCUCAUGACGAGAAUGUCCUCGGUCUCACCCGUGAAUGUCUCAGCCUCCUCGGGUAUGUCCAACCCCCUAACAGUGCCGGAGUUCGCAUCUUGAGCAUCGACGGUGGCGGAGUGCGCGGACUGCUCGUGAUCGAAGUAUUGCGUCAACUGGAGAAAUGCACGGGAAAGAAAAUUUCGGAGCUCUUCGAUUACGUCGUGGGCGUAUCGACCGGUGCUAUACUCGUGGGGAUUUUAACGACGCUACAGAAAGACCUUGACGUAUGCGAUGAUUUGUAUCGCAACAUGAGCUCCACAGUCUUCCAGCAGAGCUCGUGGUGGGGUACCGGGAAACUUGUGUGGAACCACGCUUAUUACGAUACCUCGCAAUGGCAGGACAUCCUCAAACAACUGUACGGCGAUGUGCGAUUGUAUCACUCCAGCAGAAACGAGAAUGUGCCUAAGGUCGGUAUCCUCUCAGCUGUCGUGAACAAGCAGCAACUUGUUCCGUUCCUCUUCCGGAACUAUCAGCUCCCACCGAAAGAAGAGAGUUUUUACGCUGGCUCGUGCAGUCCUCACGUUUGGCAGGCGGUCAGAGCCAGUAGCUCGGCACCUUUCUACUUCGAAGAGUUCGACUUCAAUGGUGAUGUUCAUCAAGACGGAGGAAUCAUCCAGAACAACCCCACAGCUGCUGCUAUCCAUGAGUCCCGUCUGCUGUGGCCCGAUGAAGAGAUUCAGUGCGUGGUGUCUAUCGGUUCCGGGAGAUACAUUCCGGAGGAGGCGGAGAUCGUUGCGAAGUCGACGUCGCUGAAAACGAAAAUCAUGAAAAUCGUCGACUCCGCCACUGACACUGAGGCGGUGCACACCUUAUGCAACGAUCUGCUGAAACCGGGCACAUACUACCGUUUCAAUCCCUAUUUGUCGGAGCCUUUCACGUUGGAUGAAACGAGGCCAGAAAAAAUGGAUCGCCUCCGAUUGGAUGCUCAAAUGUAUCUUCGUCGAAAUGACAGGAAAUUCGUUCAUGCGGCGGACCGCCUGGUUCAGCCUCGAUCCUUAGCACAGAAGUGUAGGGACUUGCUGAAGGACAACAUCCAGGAGCGACUAGUAUGACCGAGAUUAUACGGGACUCAUCCGAGUCCGACACAGGGGAAUCAUCACCAAGUGUGAAUUUCCUCGCCGUUGUAAGCUGUAAGUGAGGCGUUACGAUGGGGCCGAGAGGCUGUAUAGGGUUUUGAGUAACUCUCAGGGCCUCCGUUUUCGUUGAAAAUGUGACAGCAUGCACUUAGAUUAGAUCUCAGAACUGUGACCAUAAUUGUUUAAUGAUAAUAAUGUUCCUGUACAAAGUAGUUGACAUUGUCGUUUGGUUCACAGAAAGAUGAAUGAAAU